AUGGCACCUAAGGAACCCUUCAAGGUUCACUCCCUCAACAAGCACAUAGAGAACACAAAGAAGGGCCUAUCGGCUGAAGCGCAGUUCAACCGCCGCCCCGGCAGCCGUGCUGCAACUAUCAAGAAAGAGUCAAGCGACCCAAACAACAUUUUCGCCAACAACGAUGGGGAUGACGAUGAUGAGUCAGGAAGUGGAAGUGACAGCGAUAGUAGCAGCGAUGACCCGGCCGAUUUUAUCUCCAAACUCACCAGUGCCACCAAACCUACUUCUGCCACCCCACGCCGUCGUAGCAAAGAUGAUGAAAUCGCCGAUAGCGAUGCCGAGCGCAACGCGUCCAAAAAGAGCACUAUUGUGAAAACUGCUCCUGCCAAGUCUAAUCCUCAAGCCUCUAGCGAUUCGAGCAGCGAAGACGAGUCUGACGACGAAAAACCCAAAGCAAAGACUAACGGCACAACUCCUGCAAAGGCGUCCGAGAGCACCUCGAGCUCUUCGGAGUCAGGGAGCGACAGUGACAGCGAUGAGGAAGACGAUAAGGCACCCAAGCCAUCCACCAAAAAGCAAGAAGACUCUGUCUCCACCAGCGACACUUCCAGUGAGGACGAAAGCGAGGAUGAAGCCGAUGCCAAGGCUAAGCCUGCUCUGAAUGGCAAAGCUGCUACUACGUCAGACAGUGAAAGCGAGGGCAGCGACAGUGAAAGCGAGGAUAAAGAGCAGAAUGUGAAACUUGCUGCUAAACCUGCCGCUAAGCCUGUCGCUCCCGAGUCAGACAGUUCUUCAAGCGAGGAGGAUUCUGAUGAUGAGAUGGUUGAUGAAUCCAUGCACAUUGAGGAUCGCGAAGGACAGCUCGCCCUCCCCAACUUCAUUGCUCCCGACUUUGUGCUUUGCAAGGGCGAUGAUGGCACAAACGGCCGCGAUGUUGCUGAGAUCUGCAACAAGGCGAACCUAGAGGGCAAGCAAUUUUGGUACUUCACAGUUCCUUCCAACGUGCCCAUCUCAGUUGUUCAGAAUCUCGAGAUCCCAAUGAACCAGUCUCAGUCUACCGAUAGGCUGUUUUCUCACAAUGGCGAGGACUAUGGUGUGUCCUUCGAGAGUAUUGCCCCCAGGGGAAAUAUCCAAAUCAUGAUUCCCUCUGAUCGCCCUCAAUACCAGCCCGUCACCAAGCAGAUCGACCAAGUUAUGCAGGUCAAGAAGAUCACACAACUUGGCUCCACUAAGUCUGUUGCUCCUCUUCCCAAGCCAGCCCCUCGUGCUCAGCCCGCUGGUCUAAGGGCUCGAUACCAACCCAUUGGAGUCAACGAACCUAUGGGAAGCAUCGGGGAUGACGAGGACGUCGAGAUGGGCGAUGCUCCCAUUCUGUCGGCCAAAGCUGCCAAGAAGGAAAAGAAGCGCAAGUCAAAGGAGACUUCUGACAAGAAGCAGAAGAAGGGACAGAGCAUCCCCGAGCCACCAGCCGAAGCACCAACUUCUGAUACGCGCAAGAACAAGCGAAAGCUAGCAGCCUCUGAAGAUGAUGCCGUCGCCGUAGCCGAGCAACUUCAAGAGGAGGCUAAGCUUGCAGCGAGCAAGUCCAAGAAGCAAAAGACAGCCCGAGCUGGAAGCCCCGACCUGGGCUCUGAGCCAACGUCUGCAGUCGCAAAGAAGUACACCCCUGUCUUGCCUCCCGCAAUCCCCACAAUAGGAACUCCCACUCCCAAGUCUUCCUCCACGCCUGCUGCAAGCAGCAAGAAGCAAAAGAAGGUCAAGGAGGCUUCUGUCCCCGCUCCCCGACAGAGCGUGGUACCCAUACCCUCUAUCCCCCAUUCCUCCCCUACCAGGUCCUCUCCUGCGCGCGCUCCUGCAUCGCAGCCUCCUGCCUCACCUAGCCAGGGUAAGGAGAAACGAGCCAGAAAGCGCAAGGAUAAAGAUGGCAAGAAGACUCCCUCAGGCAAGAAGGAGACCCCUGUAGUCCCCCCUGUGCCUCUAUCUUCCUCGGAAUAG